GAGACCUGCUUCGGGCACGAACGUCUUGCAUGGCUGGAAGACUGGUACACGUGGAUACUUCCACACCGGGAGCUUCAGCUGGAAAACGACGACCGCGAAUUGCUCAUCCGACUGGACUGGUUCCGCCUGACGAAGGACUUCCAGUUCAAGCACGAGACUCUGGCCGGCGGCGCCAUUGAGUAUGUGCGACAACGGCUUCGCAAGCUGAAGCAGACAAUGCAGGGCCAGUACUUGGACCCCGAUUCUGAUGGCCUCAGCGACUCCGAGCAGUCAGGACCGGUUCGAAGCUUCUUCGACGUCUUGGUCGGGGAAGAAACCUGCCAGGAUGGCGAUAUCAACUUAGCAUCAGAUCCCACCCUCGAAGCUGACUUGGCAGAUAAGGUGGAGCACAAUUUGGACGACUCCGAGGUUCAGAUCGUGAUGCUGACCGUGAAGUCGCUAGCAGAAGUUGCCGUGGUGCAAGCCCUGACUAUCUUCCUUGUGCGGACGCUGACCGGAGAGAACUUCUCGGACUUUGUGAACGCCAUGCGGAUAACCAUCCAG